CUCCACUCUCAUUCAUCAUAAUAUUAUCUCUCUUUCUAUAUCUAUAUUUAUACAUACAUACAUACCGGCGCCACCAUCAUUACUAGCUAGGUAGUAUAAAUAUAUGAGAGCAGCACCACCACCGGCAAUAAUAUUAUGGAUUCACCACCGGUCCAGUCCGACGCAAUGCGUCCGACACUAGGGUUCCCUCUUGGAACAGGUUUACUUAUUUUCGUCAUUUUCAGCCUCAGCGGACUCUUUUCCUGUUGUUAUCACUGGGAUAGGGUUCAAUCUCUCCGCCGGUCCUUCUUCCCCAAUAACCAUGAUCUAGAAGCACCUUCCGCCGCCGACGCCGACGACGGAUCUCCAUCUAAACCCACUAAUCUUCCUCCUCUUCACAAGGUAAAAAUGGAAAGACAGAGUUUGCCAGUAAUAAUGCCAGGGGACCGGAUGCCUACAUUUAUAGCUUUGCCUUGUCCCUGUGAGCCGCCGCGACCGACCGGAAAUAUCAUCGUCCAGCCGCAAAAGCCGAUUAAGUCGCCGCCGCCACCGCAAAUUGCGGUUCCUCUUUAUUAACACCACCCUCGCCCGUCUUUAUUUUUUUGUCCUCUAGCUAAUUUUCAUCAUCAUGUGAAUUCGCAAUCCCACUUUUUUUUUUUUUACUUCCACAAUUUUAUUACUAUAACUA